UUGAUGCGAGAUAGAUAUAAUAAUGGGGGAUCGGGUAUUAUUUAUUGUGGAACAAUUGAAGAUACUGUACUAUAUCGUCAAUUCCUGAGAAAUAAUGGCUAUUCGUGUGAGGUAUAUCAUGCAAGAUUGCCGACACAAGAUAAGAAGACAAUUUUCCUUGCUUGGAAGGAAAAUCGUAUUCAAGUUUUGUGCGCGACAAUAGCAUUAGGUAUGGGUAUUGAUAAACCAAACACUCGAUUUGUUAUCAAUUCGACAAUUUCCAAUUCUUUGGCAAAUUAUUGUCAAGAAUCGGGAAGAGUUGGUCGCGAUAACAUUCCGAGUGAUUGCAUUUUAUUUUAUCACUACGAGGAUGUCUUCACAAAAAUGAAAUUAUUUAUUAAAGAUCAUACUUAUAGUGCGGAUUUAAAAAAUAAAUAUUUAAAUGAAUUGCUCUUAUUAUUAUCAUAUUGUGAAAAUCAACAGCAAUGUCGUUAUAAAUUUAUAAUUAAUCAUUUCGAUCCUCUUUCCCAAAAAUCAAUAGAUUUAAAUUGGCAAUGUCACAAAUGUGAUAUUUGUAGAAAUUUAUUUCUUAUAGAUAAGGAACGUAUUGACGUUUCCAAAUUGGCAAGUGAGAUGAAAAAUUUAAUUAUAAAUUUACAAAACAAUUAUAAUAAUAAUGAGAGACUCUCUAUUAAAGAUUUUGUGCCUUUUUUAUUGGGGAAGACGACAACGACAAACAGACUGUCGCACUUGCGUCAAUCUGAAUGUUUCGCUUCUCUCUGUUCUUGGAAAGAUGGGCAAAUUUGGCGAUUAUUAUUCACUCUAUUGGGUUAUGGUGUAUUUUCUUUAGAAUUUUCACCUUACCCAAUGGAAAGAAAUUCCCUUAAUUCAAUUCAUUCAGUGAUGAUCGCUGCAGCAAAGAAUGCUAUUACACCACAACCUCCCAUGUUGAUCGAGCAUUAUCAUCAUGUUGCCAAUAAUGUCGCCCUAGCCGUUCCCAUCGCAGCAGUCAAUCAUCCUCCUCAACAACAACAACAACAACAAGAACCACAGCAGCAGCAACCGCCGCAACCACAGCCAAUAAUUAUUGAGGAGGAUGAUAAUCAUAUUGGAAAUGAGGAGUUGCCCAUAAAUAUUCAUCUUUUCAUUACCAGAAAAGAAUAAUUAUGAUUAUUUUCGGGAAAACUCACCAAAAAUUCUUAGUAGCUUAUGCUACAAAGACUUAUCUGCGAUGGGUAAUGCAUUGUCUGUAAACGAAUUCGACGAGCAAACGUACUUUGUACGUAAUCAUCGUAGAUUACGUGCAUUGGCAAAGGAACUUUCUGUGACGGCUUGAUAUAGAUAAUUUAUUAUUAAAUACAAAAGAGGUUAUAAUGCUAUGAGCAUUAAUGGAGAUCGGCCCCAACAACCACAACCACCG